AUGAGUCGCAAUUUCUUUCCAGUCGUGAUGGCUAUCGGCGUCGGUGUAUUCACUGGCUACUACACCUUCCAACCGACCUUCCAGCAGCUUGCAGCCGAGAAAGCACCGGAUAGUCAGCCUUAUCCUCCUGUUGUCUCAUCCAAUAGGAGCACCGACUUCCCCGCUGGUGGUGCUUCGCCAAGUGAUGCGAAGCCAGAAGCCGAGAAGGGGCAACAACGCUAA